UUUUUGUUUUUGUUUUUUUUUUUAACCUACAAAGUCAAUAGUAAACACAAUGGUUGACAUGAAAUACUGGAAACACCGAAAAAUAAAAUUAAUGACUUGAAUUUUUUCAAUGUAAACAAUAAUUAACAUACCACGUGGCCGAACAUUCCAACAAAUGUCUGUUUUUGUACAUUCGCCGUUAAAGAACACACGCAAUAAGAAUGGAUCUCAGUUAAUUUGUAACCAGGGAACUGUACAAACCAAUUUACAGCAAUAUAGCAAUAUUUUUUAAAGAACCAAAUGAAAUGAAGUAUUUUAUUGGUGUCGACGUUGGUACAGGAAGUGUUCGAGCAGCUCUUGUUACAGCAGAAGGAAAAAUUAUAGAAAUAGCAGUAUGUCCGAUUAAGCUCUUUCAUUCAAAGAAUAAAUUUUACGAACAAUCAUCGGAUGAUAUCUGGGCAGCAGUGUGUGAUGUAGUCAAGAAAGUAGUUGCCAAUAUUUCCAAAGAGAGUGUAAAGGGAAUUGGAUUUGAUGCAACUUGUUCUUUAGUUGCACUAGAUAGAGAUGGAUUACCAGUUACCGUUAGCCUAACAGGUAACAAUAAUCAAAACAUCAUUUUAUGGAUGGAUCAUAGAGCUGAAGAACAAGCUCGUUAUAUAAAUAAGUUAGAUCAUAAAUUACUGAAAUAUGUUGGAGGAAAAAUAUCGUUAGAAAUGGAAAUACCAAAAUUAUUAUGGCUGAAAGAAAAUUUAAAGGAUUCUUGGAAUAAAACUGAUUUGUUUUUUGAUUUACCAGAUUUUUUAACUUGGAAGGCUACCAAUUCAGAAUCUAGAUCUCUCUGUUCAUUGGUAUGUAAAUGGAAUUUUAAUGUUAAACCUAAUGGAAACAGUCGCUGGAGUAGUGAUUUUUUUGAUGAAAUUGGAUUAUCUGAUUUGAAAGCUAAUAAUUGGAGAAAAAUAGGGUGUGAUGUUAGACCACCAGGAUAUCCUGUUGGCUCUGGAUUGUCUUCAAAAGCGGCCAAGGAAUUAAAUCUUGUAGUUGGUACACCAGUUGGCACAUCGAUGAUUGAUGCGCACGCAGGUGGCUUUGGUAUGCUUGGUUGUUCGGCAGAAAAUAUUUCAUCUGAUUUUACCAGCAGAUUAGGUUUAAUUUGUGGGACAUCAACGUGUCAUAUGAUCGUGAGUAAAGAUGAAAUAUUUGUAAAUGGUAUUUGGGGACCGUAUUAUGGAGCAAUGAUACCUGGUUUAUGGCUUAACGAGGGGGGACAAAGCAGUACAGGCAAAUUGCUCGAUCACAUCAUUGAUAGUCAUCCAGCUACUUUGGAAAUAAAAAGUAAAUUGCAGCCACAUAUGCAUAUACAACAAUAUCUUUCCGAUCUUUUGAAAUCAAUGGCUAGUAAAAGGAAUCUUAUAAAUAUGGCAUAUUUGACUGAAGAAAUUCACGUUUGGCCCGACUUUCAUGGAAAUCGUUCUCCUCUAGCUGACCCAACAUUACGUGGAAUGAUAAGUGGUCUGACUUUAUCAAGCGAUGAAGAAAGCUUAGCAACAUUAUAUUUAGCAACAAUGCAAUCGCUAACAUAUGGUACAAAACAUAUUCUAGAAGCCUUGACAAGUGCUGGACACAAGAUAGAAUCAUUGCUAGUGUGUGGCGGUCUUAGCCAAAACCUGUUAUUUACUCAAACACAAGCAGACGUUUUGGGCUUACCUAUUCUUUGUCCUAUUGAACGAGAAUCUGUAUUAAUUGGUUCGGCUAUUCUCGGUUCUUGCGCAGCUAAAGCUUUUCCAUCGAUGUACGAAGCUAUGAAAGCUAUGGGUGGUUCAGCCUAUGUUAUUAAUCCUACAACCGAAGCAUACUCAUAUCAUUGUAAAAAGUAUCGAGUAUUCAAAAAAAUGAUCGAAGAUCAGAGAAUAUAUAAGAAUUACAUGUCAGAUAAAUCUUAAUUGAUCCUAUCGGUUUAAUUUUGUAUAUAUGUAUCGACUA